CGAAAAUGUCAUUUUUUAAAACAAAUAAACAAUUAUGCUUCAAAUUUUUUGGAAAGAUUUGAGUAAUAACGGAAGUUUAACUUUUGAAAGAGAGCUUGAAAGAAAUUACUGAAAUAAUUUGGCUAUUAUAGAAUUUAAUUAUUCCUGUGAAGAAAAUUAACGCGAGUUUUAAACUAUUGAAAAUAGCUGGUCCUACAUAGAUGAAAAACGAAAAUGAUUACCUCAACUGAAAUAGAGUGUAAAAAAAUUUGUGUGUUGAGAUGUAUUCAUGUGUUAUUUAUUAGUUGUGCCAUACAGUUUCUGCUGCUUGCUGUAUUUUUAUUGUUUGUCAACUUCAGCGCUUUUCAUCCUUUUACAUGGCUUUCUAGUACGCUGGGUUUAUUUUUUUCUUUUUACACAUGGAUAUAUGCACUCCCGCUAAUAAGCAUUGUGAUAUCAUACGUAAUAUUAUCAAGUAAUUCUUAUUUGGCCGUAAACAACUACCAUCCUACGAGAUUUUCAUGGUUAUGUGCUGUUGGCCCAAAAAAAAUUGCUUUUAUAGUCAUUUGCAUUGCAUUAGGCUUUUUAACUUCAUGGUUAUACUCACGAUACUUAAGUGAUGAAUAUAAUACAUUUAUAUUUAACUGUUUUGAUGGAUACUGCUUAAAUAGUAGAUAUAUGUUUAUUACGUGGGGUGGAAUAUACUCUGGAUUGUAUUAUUUUUGCAAAGAAAAACUAACUACGGAUCCAGAUAUUAAAUUUCCUGUAAUUAACGAGAAAAGAUAUGUUCAAGUUAGAAGUGCAUUGUACAAAAUUUUAUACACAUGUCUUAUAAAAUCAUUUGUUCCCACCGUAUUUUACAGUGUCAUAUAUUGGAUGUUUGGUGGUUAUGUUAAUUUAUACAUUGCGAAUUUAUUUGGCGCUAAUGAUGAUAGAAUAUUAGUAUCGGCAAACUCUUUUCCACUAAAUGCAAAAUUAUUCUUUUAUGUUUGGAUAUUAUCUUCCCAAAUCUUAAGUAAUUUGUACAUAUUAGACGGUCUUUUUUCCGUUCUUCUAACGCAACCGUCGAAGUUUCCUAUUGAAAAAGAUCCAUUGAGUCACUCGGCGGAAGUUACUUUAGUUGAAGGUUUAGCUUCAUUUAAAGUGCCAAUAAUACAACAAUUAGCAAGCCUAGAUCUUUAUAAUUUAACAAAUAUGCAGAACGUUGCAAAGCGACAACAAUUGUUUACAUUAUCAUUUCCUGGUGGACAUCCUUACAAUUGGAAACAAUUAUGUAUUCAAUGUUUAAAUUUGAUUGAUAGUUAUACAGAGGAACUUUCUGAUUCUGUCAAAAGUAUUUCAACAGUUAAAUGCAACGAAUUUUAUAAGCCCUUGAAACCCACAGCUACCGAAACAGCUGAAAAAAUUUUACUGCGUCAAUACAAUGAGACAUACGGCAUUCGUCGCAUGAUGCAAGCAGGGAAUUGCCAAUCUCAGAUUGAACAAAAAUCAAGUUCAGUAACAGAAAUUUUUUCGGAGAUAAAUAAAAACUGGGCAGAAAUCAAGAAAGCUACGUUCAAAUCGUUACCCGGUUUGUUUUAUUUAUUUGGAGAGCCUGAUGGGGCUAAAACAGCUUACAUGUUGUCAAAAUCUCAAAACAUUGUUUGGAUCACACAGGGUCUUGCAGGACUUUGCGCCGCUUCGUUGGUUGAAGACAAAUAUGGCGUGGUUCAAAAUGAACUAACAAAAAUUAUUAAAUCACUUUUGAAACUAAAAAUGGAGUUAGAUAAAUUAAAUAAUGUAAAUUUAAAUGGUAAAAAAGUAGAUCGGAAUUUUUUAGCUUUAAAAAACUCAAUCAAGCGUAGUCUUUAUAAGAUUUGCACAGUAUUUUCGGAUUACAUAAGAGAUUUGAUGAACGAUUCUGAUGAAUUUAAAAUUUUGGAAAAUUUCAUAUUUUAUCAAGAUAACUGACUAAUUUUAAUUUUUAUUUUCACAUUGAACUACUAUAAUAUACAUGUAUUUAAUUUUUUAUUUUAUUUUUAUAUCUAAAGAAUUUUUAGGUUGUAACAAAGUCGGUUAAAUAAACUUGAUAUCCUAUUUAUUAAUUUUUUUUUUAAAUGUAUUCUGGACCCCAUACCAUAGUGCUUUAUACCAGUCACCAUUACCGUGGCUAAAUACAUGGAAAAUAAAGAUAAAUAAAAAUAAAUCUGUAUCAUAAAAAUACAUUUACUACAGAUAAAAACAAAAAUUUAGUAAACCCAUCACAA